AUGAAUGUGGAAAAUAUUUUUGGAAAUGAGGAAGUAAAUGUAGAAGAAAUAGAAAAACUGUCAAAUAGCGAGAUAAAAACAAGAGUAAGUUUAAUUGAAACGGAAAUAAAAAUUUUAAAAAAUGAGCAUACAAGACUAAAAAAUGAAUAUAAAAGUUUACAAGAAAAGAUAAAAGAUAAUGUGGAAAAAAUCCAUUUAAAUAAAAUGCUUCCAUAUUUAGUGGCAAAUGUAGUGGAAUCUUUAGAUUUAGAAGAUGAAGAAGAAGAAAAUGAACCGAAAGAUGAAUAUGAUUUAUAUGAUAAUAAUUUAAAAAUAAAACAUGAGGAAGGAUUUCGUGAUAUAGAUGAUGAAAAAAGAGGAAAAUGUAUGGUUAUUAAAACAUCAACUAGACAAACUAUAUUUUUACCAGUACCAGGUUUAAUAGAAGCAUCAGAAUUAAAGCCAGGAGAUUUAGUGGGUGUAAAUAAAGAUAGCUAUUUAAUUAUUGAUAAAUUACCACCAGAAUAUGAUAAUAGAGUAAAAGCUAUGGAAGUAAUUGAAAAACCGUCCGAAGAUUAUUCGGACAUUGGUGGUUUAGAUAAACAGAUAGAAGAUUUAGUAGAAGCAAUUGUAUUACCUAUGUUACAUAAGGAAAAAUUUGAAAAAAUAGGAAUAAAACCACCUAAAGGUGUAUUAAUGCAUGGACCUCCAGGUACAGGAAAAACAUUAUUAGCAAGGGCUUGUGCAUCCCAAACCAAUGCUACUUUUUUAAAAUUAGCAGGACCACAAUUAGUCCAAAUGUUUAUUGGGGAUGGUGCAAAGAUGGUUAGAGAUGCAUUCAAUUUAGCAAAAGAAAAAGCACCUGCUAUUAUUUUUAUUGAUGAAUUAGAUGCUAUUGGAACCAAAAGAUUUGAUAGUGAAUUAUCAGGGGAUAGAGAAGUACAAAGAACAAUGUUGGAAUUACUAAAUCAGCUUGAUGGUUUUAGUACAGAUGACACUGUUAAAGUUAUUGCUGCUACAAAUAGACCAGAUACAUUAGACCCUGCUUUAUUAAGAUCAGGAAGACUUGAUAGAAAAAUUGAAUUACCACAUCCUAAUGAAGAAUCUAGAGCUCGAAUUUUACAAAUACAUUCAAGAAAAAUGAAUGUACAUAAAGAUGUUAAUUUUGAAGAAUUAGCUAGAUCUACUGAUGAUUUCAAUGGAGCUCAACUAAAAGCUGUUUGUGUUGAAGCAGGUAUGAUUGCCCUAAGAAGAGGAGCCACUGAAAUUGAUCACGAAGAUUUCGUUGAGGGUAUCACCUCCGUUUUGUCAAAAAAAAAAAGUACUUUGAAUUAUUUUACGUAA